CGUAAAUAGUUACCAUGGAGUUGCGCUGAGUAACCGUGAGGUAGUGGACUCGGAGGCUGGAGGGGAAGCAACUGCGGGGGUAUUUCCAUUUUAACAGGGGACAAUCCCUGAACCCAAAGGAGUGAAUCCCUAAUGGUGGAGUUUCAUGCAUCAGUGACAGGCUGAACCCGGAUUCCCAGGGCCCAUGCUUACACCUGACAAAUGAUGGCCUGAGCUAUGAACAAACGGAACUAUAUGAACACUUCGGUGCAAGAGCCCCCUCUUGACUACUCCUUCCGAAGCAUCCACGUGACCCAAGAUCUGCUAAGCGAGGAGCCCCGGACAGGGCUACGACCAGUAAGGCACGCGAAGUCGGGGAAGUCAAUGACCCAGUCCCUGUGGUUAAACAACAAUGUCCUCACUGACUUGAGAGACUUCAACCAUGCGGUUUCACAGCUCCUGGAGCAUCCAGAGAACCUGGCCUGGAUUGACCUGUCCUUCAAUGACCUGACUUCCAUUGAUCCUGUCCUGACAACUUUCUUCAACCUGAGUGUCCUCUAUCUCCAUGGCAACAGCAUCCAGCGCCUUGGAGAAGUGAACAAGCUGGCUGCCCUCCCUCGGCUCCGGAGCCUGACCCUGCACGGGAAUCCCAUUGAGGAGGAGAAGGGCUCCUCCAGACCCUGGUCACAGGCCCUCUGCCCAACUGUAUGGAAGCGUCUCAGCAGGAGCCUGCAGCCCAGGGCCCAGGUAGGGACCAUGUCCCCUGCCAUCGCGCUGGCCUUCCUACCCCUGGUAGUGACAUUGUUGGUGAGGUAUCGGCAUUACUUCCGACUCCUGGUUCGCACAGUCUUGCUCCGGAGCCUCCGAGAUUGCCUGUCAGGGCUGCGGAUGGAGGAGCGGGCCUUCAGCUAUGUGCUCACCCAUGCCCUGCCUGGGGACCCUGGUCACAUCCUCACCACUCUGGACCACUGGAGCAGCCACUGCGAGUACCUGAGCCACAUGGGGCCUGCCAAAGGUCAGAUCCUGAUGCGGCUGGUGGAGGAGAAGGCCCCUGCCAGUGCACUGGAGCUGGGCACCUACUGUGGGUACUCCACACUGCUUAUUGCCCGUGCUUUGCCCCCUGGGGGUCGCCUUCUCACCGUGGAGCGGGAUCCACGCACGGCAGCAGUGGCUGAAAAACUCAUCCGCCUGGCUGGCUUUGACGAACACACGGUGGAGCUCAUCGUGGGGAGAUCAGAGGAGGUGAUCCCCCGCCUAAGAACCCAGUACCAGCUGAGUCGGGCUGACCUGGUGCUCCUGGCGCACCGGCCCCGAUGUUACCUGCGGGACCUGCAGCUUCUGGAAGGCCAUGCCCUGCUGCCAGCUGGUGCCACUGUGUUAGCUGACCGUGUGCUCUUCCCUGGCGCACCCCGCUUCCUGCAGUAUGCCAAGAGUUGUAGCCGCUACCGUUGCCGCCUCCACCACACUGGCCUCCCUGACUUCCCUGCCAUCAAGGAUGGCAUAGCCCAGCUCACCUACGCAGGGCCUGGCUGA